AUGAGUUAUGGUGUGGUGCUAAGUACGGCAAGACUCACUGGCGAUGCCGGCGAAACAUCUGGGAAUGUACCACGUUCACAGUCCGACUUUGGAAAUGAUCAUGCACACAAUGGACUCCAGAGAAGUCACUUCGCCACAAAACUGUCGGAGACACCAGUUCAUUCAGCUACUUCUGAUUCCAAACAAGUUCUUAUGCUGGAUGCUCAUGUGCGACGACUCUCCUCCCCAAUCGGGAAUGAUGAUAGUCACAAAGGCCUCCAGGCGACCGCCUCAGAUACGGAAACUGACCACAGUGAUAGUAGCACCAGCAAUACCAGCAGCAGUAGCAUUGGCGAUAAUGGCACGAGCACAAGCACUGGCGAGACCGGAGAUGAGGCCAUACCCUGUCCAGGAGGUGCUGGCUCGGCCGCUGCAAGAAACCGUUCUCAUAUACCAAAGGCUGAUUGCCGUCAUAGCAAAGCAGCUAAUCCCGAUCCAGCCGAUAAUGCCUCAGCGCGCUCCAUAGAGCUACAUUUUGGGCCUACAAUGACAGGUUCCAGACAAGAAAAACCUGACUUCCUCUCUUUUCUCGUGAGCCAGCCAGUUAUCGUCGAUCCUUCUUUGUCAGGGAAGACCGUCGUCUAUACGAUUGGCAGCGAGCAUUCAGCCGUCUUGAAUUCCAACCGCGAUGGCCAUUCAGUCCGACACAGUGGCUGUGGUAAGGCCAGCAAAAACCACACAUCUGGUCGCUCGCUAGAAUAUGGCUUUAACAGUAAAUCUAAUGGCACUUGUCAACAAGCUAUCGUCACCUCAAGUCCCUCGGCCCUACCUGACCAUAUGCAUCUACCUCAAGUCGGCCGAAGUCCUUCGCCUUCGAACUCUAUACCUGUCUUCCCCAGACAAAUCUCGCCCUCGAUUUAUCGUCAUUUGCCCCGUAAAGAUGCUGAGACCAGUCUUAAAAAAACUGGAAGGACAGCUAACGAACUGGCUAAAAUGGAUUCUUCCGCUGGCCUAGCAACCGGCGAAGCCAGUGAGUUCGAGCGUUUUGCUAUCCGCAAGCGAGAGCGCCGCCAACGUAGGCGGCUAGCCAAACAGCGGCGACGACGUGGUAUUGCCGAACCAGUCCCAUACAAAGCAGCCGUCAACUCAGUUUCGAAUCAUGCUACUAAUGCUACUGAUCCCUCCACCGCUGCCUUUAAUGCGCCUUCUCCUGUAGUCACUACAGUUCCUCCUGCUACGGUAGUCGCUUCUUCUACUACUGUUGCAGUUGCUACGGCAGCUACAGCGGAAGCGGAGGCUAAUCGUGAGUAA